AAAAAAAAAAAAAAAGAGAAACAGCACGCUUCACACGACGUCGUUUGGAGCGUAAACCGAAUAAGACCCGACCCACCCACUUUAUAAUUUGAGUUGACCCAUCUCUCUUGACAAAUGGGAAAUUGCGUAAGAAGCAACCUAAGAGAUUUGGGAGGAAGACGAUCGAUGGAUCCUCGGAUAUGGCACAAAGUCGCCGCAGUUUCUGGCAUGGCUGCUCUUGGUUUAGGAACUUACGGUGCUCAUGUCUUUAAGCCAGAAAACCCUUCUUACAAACAGGUGUGGCAAACGGCUUCUCUUUACCAUUUGGUUCACACUGCAGCUCUUGUUUCUGCUCCUAGUACCAAAUAUCCCAACAUUUUUGGUGGCUUGUUGACUGCUGGGAUUGUGGCCUUUUCCGGCACGUGUUACAUGGUAGCAUUGCGCGAGGACAGGAAGUUUUCUACAUUGGCACCAUUCGGAGGCUUUGCUUUCAUUGCUGCAUGGGCAACUCUACUUUUCUAAUGAUUUUCAAAUUAUCUUUACUGUCAAGUUGUGGUCAUUCUUGUGCCUUAUCCUACUGAUGAAGAAGCCUUAUCCUACUUAUGAACUCAAUGUUUCUCCUCAAAGAUUGCUUAAUAAAUCUAAAUGACCAGAUUAUGUUAGCUACGUGCUUUACUUGUUGAAUUUGUUGCUGAAAGGAUUAUUUAUAUAAAUGGCCAUAUUAGUGUUAUCUUAA